CACCUGUCUCAGGGGAAGUUGACGUCCCAGGGGAAGCUCCUGCAGCAGGAGACCUUCUGUGUUUGGGAGCAGGACGGCGGCGUGUUGUCUCGCAGUAAAGAGCGCAGGGUUUUCCUGUUCGAGCAGAUCAUCAUCUUCAGUGAACUUCUGCGCAAAGGCUCCAACAACCCUGGAUACCAGUUCAAGAACAGCAUCAAGGUGAGUUACCUGGCGAUGCAGGACAGCGUGGACGGAGAUCCCUGUAAGUUUGUGCUGUGGUCUCGCGGCUCGGCGGAGCGCUUCACGCUGCAAGCGUCCUCCGCAUGCAUCAAGAUGACAUGGGUGGAGACCAUCGCCGCCCUGCUGGACGCCCAGAACAACUUCUUGUCUGCUCUUCAGUCUCCCAUUGAGUACCAGAGGAAAGAGGGCGGGAUCUCUGUGACCCGUCCUCUGUCGUCAGGGCGACCGCCAUCAGCACCACCUACGCCAAACGGCCACGCCCCUCAGCCUCAACCUGACGGCGAGCAGGAAGACCAGGAGCUGGUCCUGGUGCUGCAGGACUUCGUGGCGGUGCGGGAGGACGAGAUCUCCGUGUUUCGGGGGGAGAAGGUUCAGAUUCUGGCGUCCAACCAGCAGGGUCAGAGUCUGGUUUACCGGCCGGCCAACAGCGACUCGCCGGCCGCCGAGGGCUGGGUGCCACGCAGUGUCCUGAACACACACUGACACACAAACACACACAAACACACAAACACACACAAACACACACUGA